UUAGCCGCCGCGAAUUGUCAUAUUUUCCAUCCAUCCAACCAUAUAAUUUUUUCACCUUGUGGAGGGAAGUAGGAAAUCAUUAUUGGCCUCACUUGCAGCUGCUGGUAUUUGUAGAUGACUGGUUUUUCCCCAUGAAUCACAUCAAUGGCAUUCCCUACUCAGAAACCACUAUAUAAACCCUCCAAAGUUAGGACUCCAAACUCUCACCUGCAACCCCAAAAACCAGGCGCCAAACCCAUGAGCUCCCCAAAACACCUAAUCCUCCACCAUAUAUAACAAACCCUUAAUCAUUCUACCUCCAUAAUGGCUGCAAAAAUGGCCUCCAGGCUAAUCACAUCACUCUUCUUCUUCCUUACCCUCACAUUCACUACCUUCAGUCAUACAUCAGAAGCCAGGGAUUUCCCCCAAAAACCCACAAAGGCAGUAGUCGUCGGCACUGUCUACUGCGACACUUGCUUCAACAACCGCUUCUCAAAGCCCACUCAUUUCAUCUCAGGCGCAUCAGUUGUAGUCGAAUGCAGAGACGGGAGGUUCAGACGCCAAGUGAAGACGAACCAGCUGGGAGAAUUCAGCGUCGAGCUUCCAUUCACUGUAAACAGAGAGGUGAAGAAGAUCAAGAGAUGUUCAGUGAAGCUACUGACCAGCAGCGACCCUUACUGCGCCGUGGCAUCCACCGCCACGUCAUCAUCACUCCACCUGAAGUCGAGGAACAGCAAGCUAGGGUCUCAUUCUCAUAUCUACUCCGCCGGUUACUUCACUUUCAAGCCAUCCCACCAGCCUACACUCUGUUCGCAGAAUCCGACCACCACCGCAGCCGCCGGGAGCAACGAACAAAAGGACUUAUCUGGGUUCCCGUUGCUGCCGUCUCCAGGCGGCGGCGGCAACGACGAUGACGAACCCACGCUUCCACCGCCGGUGAAUACAAACCCUAACGGCGGGGUACCUCCGCCGGAGAUGAAUCAGAACCGGCUCCCGCCGCUUCCCCUGCUCCCGCGGCUUCCUUCCCUGCCGCCGCUACCUCCGCUCCCUACUCUGCCGCGGCUGCCGUACCUUCCGCCGUGGCCGGGGAAGAGCUUCAACAAGCACGAGAAGCCAUCCCUGAGGCAGGGAGAAGGGGAAAGGGAAGGGGAUGAAUUGUCGGAUCAGAAGUCGGGGCGCCCUGGUCAGCCGCAAGGGUUUCUGUUUCCCCCAAUUUUGCCGCCAAAUCCGCUGCAGCCGCCGUCUCCCCCGUCGCUUCCUCUGCCGCCGAACCCGUUGGAGCCGCCGUCAUUGGUGCCGCCGAUUCUUCCUCCGAACCCACUUCAGCCUCCGCCGGCGCCGUUCCUUCCCAUUCCUCCGAUCCCAGGGCUAACCCCUUCGCCGCCGCCGGUCUUGCCGUUCCCUUUCCCGCCUCCUUUGUUUCCUCUGCCGCCUGGGUUUCCUGGAAUCCCUCCUGCAGCUGAUGCCGCUCAGAAAUCCAAGUCGAGAUCUCCCUCCACCAUUGAUCCUUGAAUUAGCUGUGUAAAGUUCAUCCUGUUUCCUUAUCAAGUAGUAAGCAUUAUUCGUAUUAUGCAUUCAGUUCUGUAAGCUAUAAAUAAACAUGUGUGUUUGUGAUCAGUUGUCAUAUCGGCAGGUUUCAAAUAAAUCGGUAUGAUUUGAAGUUGUGC